AUAGCAUGUGUGUGAUGUUAGUGUUUAUGAAUGCUGUGGGCAAGAAAAUAAAAAAAAAACAAUUGGUCCAUGGAAAUAAUGUCCUUCUGAAAUAAGCAAAAGCUAGAUAGUGCCAGAUAGUUGUUGGAUCUCUACUGCCUAGCCGCCUCAGGCAUCUAGUGUUUCUGAAACUGUGAAAUACCACGUCCCAGAACGCAAAGCAUUCUUUCUGACGUCCUAGAAGUUUUAAAAACUAUGCCUAAGCGUCCUUCAAAAUUCUACGUGGAUUUACCAGACUGCUCCUUUCGCAAACGUAUGCAAAGGCGGAAAUCCAUUGUCGAUAAUGAGCAAGUAUUAAAUGACAACGAUGAUAUUGAAAAUGAAGAUGGACCAGAAAGUGGCGGAUUGGAAGAAGGUUCUAAUAACGUAUCCCUUGAGGGGUUUCCUAGACCUAAAACAAUACGUCGCCUAAAAUAUAAUCAAAAUCACGAAAUUGAAAGGCUUCUCCAACAUAACUCCAGCAAUCUAUAUUAUACGUUUAGUCAUAAUCUUUUUCCAUCUUUCAAUGUGGGUUUGUGGCCACAAAUGCAUGAAAAUAAAUUGCUCACAUAUCCUUCGUGUGCCUUUAAUGUUCCGCGUCCCAUUUACAUAUCUAACGUUCGACAAGAACUAAUAGAUUUAUGCUAUCGAAGACCCAAGGCCAAAGAAUCUUAUCGAUUUCGCAUGCAAAAGAGCAAAACAUCAUAUCACACUGCAAAAAAAAGAAAUAAGAAUACUAGUGCUGAAGAACUUAAGGGAGUGUACCAAACGACGGUAUACGAAAUUGCUGAACGACUUGCUGUUCAACCGGAUCCGUAUUUUCAGGCUAGCUAUGAUUACUAUUACACUGGAGGAAAUUUAUGUGUUAUACCACAGUCUGAGCGAAUUAUGCAUGCAUCGGGUCCAAACCUACAAACAUUGAGUGAUGGGUAUAAUAGCAUUAAAUAUAUGUAUACAAAUGGUCCUUUGGUUUUAAAUUGUUUACUUUUUUUGUAUUUAUGCAUAGAACUCACAGAAUUUCCUAUGGUUGAAGACUAUACGCUUACAUCAUACUUGAGUUCCGUUGCAAAAUUGACGCCAAGGGAGAGAUGUGAAAUAUUUGAGAUUAAACCCAUGGUUCUGCCGUCCUCGGAGAAUAAAAAUUGCUUCAUUUCUCGCCAAAGAAAUUGUGUAACCAUCAGUUAUCUCAAUGAAGAUAAUAAAUUAAAUGUUUUAAAAGAGUUUCUUACGCCAUCUACGCCUUUCAUAAGUUUUGCUCAGUCGGAGCGUGAUUACAGUAAAUUGUUAGUAACAACAAUGAAACAACAAAUACAGUUGUAUGACGUUGGUGCCGAGAGUUUACAACUAGUGCAAUUGUUUAAAAUUGAACCGGAAGCUGUCAAUGUGGGCUGGAACAUGAUUAAGCCUUGGCGUGAAAAUACUUUCCUAUAUACCAACGAAUACAAUUUUUGUCUUAUCGAUGUGCGAACCACGCCCACUCAAUGGAUGUCAUCUGCUACUUCGAUCAUUGAAAACCACUAUUUAUGCGAUCAUAUAACUGCUAUUCAGCCAAGUGCCUUUAGCAAUAUGUUCUAUAUAGCCACCAAUCAUAAGUUGCAUUGUAUGGAUAUACGUUACAUUAAGGGUUCUACUUCCUUUAGUGAACCCGGCGCUGUAGUUUGUCGUUGGUCUCAUCAAUUGGAGUAUAGUCCUUUGUUAUUGGAUACAUAUCGAUUGUUGAAUAAUGAAUAUAUUGCAUUGUCUUCUCCUCUAUCGGGAGACUUGCAUAUUUGCCAACUGUCUCGCCAGAGAAAUGAUGAGCAGUUGCCCAUACAAGUAUCGCAGCGCGUUCCCCAUCAUAUCUAUAAAUCGCCCUGCAUGCCCUAUCAACCACCAACCUUUGUCGAAGCAUACGAUCGAGCUCGACUAGAAGGUAAUUGUUUGCAGUCAGAUUCAAAUUUACGAAAUCGUAUUAUGGCUUGUACAACGGGAAUGUCCUUUUGUAAAUCAGCAUUAGGAGACAAAGGGCCGGCACUGGGGUUGCUUCUAACCUCCAAUUCUUUGGGAGAUAUAUUUCUGCAAACGUUGACAAAACGCGAGGAAAUGGAAAAUGAUGCUCGCAGCAAUGCACGCAGCACUGAAAUAAUGGUAGAGUUUGCAAAGAAAUUAACAGUACAAAAACAGCCUCUGAAUUAUACAUAUUUGAAAAAUAUGAAAGCCAUGCGCAAAGUUUUUCUCUCCAAAUAUCUGAACACUGCUGUCAAAAACGAAAUGGAUGACAUGGACGAUAGUUACAGCGAAACCGAACAAAUUCCCCCACCGGAAGUUCUACCUGAAGCGUUGCCACCAAAGAAAAAACGAAAGAGACUCCACUUUGGACGCUGGCAAAAGUCUCUUUCCAAGUUGCAUUCCUACAAGGAUGCUUUAGUUCCUGAUCUACUGUCCAUAUGGGAUAUUGAAUUGGAUGAUGAGAAGGAUGGUUUGCAUCUGGGAAGCUUACAAAACAGCCGCAAUAUCAAACCAGAUCCUGAAAUUAAGGUUCAAAAUUGGCUUGCUUCAUCUAUGCGUCCAAAUGCACCCAUGGUUAAUAUACCAAACAAAAUAUCAACCAAUUUAAAUGAAGUGCGUGUAACCGCUUUGGGAAAUGACGAAAAUAUAUCUUUAAAUGAAACUCAUAUCUCAAUGGACUUUGAACAUGCAGUUCAGUCAACACAGAUAAUAAACGCAUCCGCCUGUGAAACCACAUUUAAUAUUCACAAUAAUAGUACAUUGCAUUUAAACACCACAGCUGGUGAUAUUGAAGUAAACACAACGCUAGACAUUGGAGUGGAUUCCAUGAAAAAGAAGAAAAAAGUCAAGAAAUUCGUUAAGGGAUUUUAAGAUUUUUUGUUGCAUGGCAGAAGAAGUUCCUUUUUAAUUAAGUGUAAGGUUUAAAAA